UGUUCGACUCCUGAGUCAGGAUGGGCGCAAAACUGUCAAAGAAGAGGAAGAAGAAAAACCGAGUUAACGAGAUAGUUAACGAAAUAAUGAGUGCUAACCGUGAAGAAGUCUGGAGCGACUCAUGUGGAGGAGAGAAGAUGUACGACCCAAGGGACCCUACACUGACAUUUGUGGACGAGGAUGAUGUCCUGGACUUUGAGUUGGAUGAAUACAAGUCCCUACGAGCCCUGAUGUCCUGUGGUCACGCUGUCACCCCCAUGUCUCUGACCAAAUGGUGUCGAAGGUUGUUGGAUCAGGGUAUGACCACAUUUAUGUGUGGUGAGUAUGGCUGUGAUGUUGAGUGGUCCUUUGAAGAAGUCAGUAAAAUGGCUCUUCUCACUCCUGAAGAAAUGGGCUACUUUGAAAAGAAAAUGUUCAGCAAUUCAAAGGAUCGACUUGAUGUCAAACGAUGUCCCGGCUGCAAUUCCUCUGUGGUGAGAACUGACUUCACUGACCUGUGUGUUGAAUGCACAUUGUGCACAACUGAAAAGAACAGGUUUUAUUUAUUCUGCUGGCAGUGCCUGCGUGAAUGGAAAGGACCAUCUCCACGUACGGACCGCUGUGGAAACGAUGGCUGCAUCAACACGUCAGUGGAAACACUAAGGAACUGUCCAGACGCCACUUUUCAGGAUAUAGAAGGGAUCAGUGGAUGUCCGUCUGUACGCGCUUGUCCCAGCUGUGGUUUCCUCAUAGAACAUAACACAACCGGCUGCAAACACAUCUUCUGCAUCCGAUGUGCAGAAGAGUUCUGUUUUGUGUGUCUGAAAUACAGUGAUGAUUGUCUGGAGACGAGUGAAUACUUUAAGCUAUGUACCGGUGGUGUAGCCCCGAGACAGACGUCUAUACCAGUAUGGCAAAGUGAAUAUUAUUAGAUGAUCCAAAGAACACUGAUCAAUAAAG